AUGGCUUCAUCUUCUUCUUCCAAUAAAGUGUCACUGAAGCUUCUUAUUGACACAAAGAAUCAGAAAGUUCUCUUUGCUGAAGCUUCAAAACCUGUCAUAGAUUUUCUCUUCAACUUGCUAUGCUUGCCUAUUGGUACUGUUGUUAAGCUCCUAAGUGCUAACAACAUGGUUGGCAGCUUAGGAAAUCUGUAUGAGAGUGUCGAAAAUCUGAACCAGAAUUACAUGCAACCAAACCAAACUAAGGAUGUUCUCUUAUGCCCAAAAGCUCAAAGCUCUUCCACUGAAAUCUCAGGCUUCCUUACUCAGAACGAUGCCAAUGAAGACGAUGAUGAAGAAGGAAUUAAGUUAUACAUGUGCAAACAUAGAUGUCGUCAUGAGGUAACAUAUGAUCCUUCUAUGGUUGGUACAUGUGGGCAUUAUUCUAUGAACAAAGAAGUAAGUUUUAUCGGAAAGAAGAUGGUUGCUGAAACGAAAGCUUUUUCCAAUAUCAAGAGUGGUUUUGUGAAGGAUGUUGUGACUUUUAUGGUGAUGGAUGAUUUGGUGAUUCAGCCAAUGUCAACAAUAUCAAGCAUCACAUUGUUGAACAAGUUCAACAUCAAAGAAAUUGGUACCUUGCAAGAAAAAGUUGUUGAAAUGGGAAUGGACGAGGGAAUCAAGUUGCUGAAGGCUUCUCUACAAUCUAAGAUGGUCUUGACAAGUGUUUUUAUCAAGAAGGGAUGUUGA